UUUGGUCUGCUAUAAAAGAAGAUGCUGGUGGCGGUGCUCGUUUUAUUCUAGCUCUGUUUUCGUGCGUGCGAGUGCGCCUGGAAGCACCAUGCGUGUACACCUCGUCCUGAUGGCACUUUUAGUCGCUGAGGCCGCGGCAAGGCCCACCUUCGGAGCACUGCAUCAGUGGUUCUUCGGACCUGCCAGACCGAGCCGCAAUGCGCUGCACGCGCCGCAUAUGCGCCGACAGGCUUUCCCCUCGAGGGGUUACUUGCAACCCCAGCAGCAGCAACUGCAGCGCCAGGUGUGGCACGUUGACACCGUGCCCGCCAUGCUUGUGUUCGAGGAGCACAUUCCACCCCUCGGGUAUGGAUCGCCCCCGAUGAACUUCGCCCCUGAGCCUCCCAGCGUGCCUGUGCUGCCCGCACCCGUGGAACCUGCCCCUGUGCCGCCUGUUCCAGCUGAGCCUGCACCUGUAGAACCCGCCCCUGUGCUGCCAAAUCCUGAGGAAACGACUCCCAUCGCCUCUAGCCCUGAAGGGUCCCUACCCCCCGAGAACAUUGCUCAAACUGAACCUCCCAGCGUGCCUGUUGAUCCGGAACCUGUGGCACCAUCCUCUGAACAACCUGUGGAACCAUCCCCUGAGCAACCUGUAGAACCCACCCCUGAGCAACCCGUGGAACCUGUUCCUGAACAACCUGUAGAACCUGCUCCUGAGCAACCUGUGGGACCCGCCCCCGAGCAACCCUUGGAACCUGUUCCUGAACAACCUGUCGAACCCUCCCCUGAACAACCUGUAGAACCCGCCCCUGAGCAACCCGUGGAACCUGUUCCUGAACAACCUGUAGAACCUGUUCCUGAACAACCUGUAGAACCUGCUCCUGAACAACCUGUAGAACCCGCCCCUGAGCAACCCGUGGAACCUAUUCCUGAACAACCCACCAGUGAGGAAACCGUCCCUGAGCAACCAGCCCCUGAGGAGCCCAGCCCUGUGCCAGACAGCUCACUGUCCCCUUCCGAAAUUGGCGAAUCGACGGCCAUCUACUCUGUGAGCACCGUGGCCCCAACCGAACCGACACCCUCUGCAGAGGUUUCUCCCUCGGCCAGCCCUGACCCGUCACCCCCAACAACUGACCCUCCCGCAGAGCCGGAAGAGUCGGCAACCCAGCAGCUGGGAGCGAGCGGCGUGGAAGUCAUCACCGAAAUCGACGACUACACCACUUUGAGUAACAAGUACCUGCCACCGCAGAUUCAAAAGAGAGACGUCAGCGAGUUGGCGAGCACCGAGAGCCCUCAAGCUCCUGAAGACAACUCAAUCAGCGGCUCACCCUCAGAAGGGCGUACCCUCGCCAAGUUUGUCGAGGAAUUGCUCGAGCUGCGCGCAAAGCUGAAAGGAACCGCGUGGUAAUUUUCUUUGAGUUUUUAAAUCCCCAUGCCGCAAUUCUUAGUUCAAAUCAUUAUGAACACGUAUUAUUACAGCAAUAUUUAAUUUAGCUCGUUAAUUUUGGGAGGUGCCCCAGGCAUUUUAUGGAAGGUUUUUUGAAGAAAAGGCAUUCAUUCAGAUAAAUACCUAGAUUGUGGUGGUGAAAUGACUAUUAAACGAAUAUCGAGGGAUUUUAGAUCACGACGUUUAAUUUAAGACUGCAUUAAUUUUCACACUGAUUAAGAGCUAAAACCAUUCAAAUCAUGCACUAUUCCUUUUGAAAAACCUGCCUGAGACGCCUGCGAGCAUCAUUUUUUUUUUGUUUACGUACAACAAAAGCACACGUGUUUUUAUGCAAAUAUGUACUGCGAGUGUAAAUUCGUUCCACUAUUCCGUUUGUUCAGCGUCGACCCUCUCAUGCACAAUCAGGUGUGUGCAUAGAUUUUCUUAACGCUGGUUAAACAAAUCAGUUGUGAGUUUGAUCAACACCGGCCGCUCAGGUGGUUUGGUGAGUCAGUGAGUGCAUUGCAUCCUGGCGCGAAGGCCCUUGAGGAGAAAUGCGGUGACCUUGCACGCGGACAAUGAGCCUCGGCGCCAGGUGACGCAACAGCCUGCACGCUUUGCUUUCCUGCUUUCGACCCUGCCGAAUAACACGCACGGAGCACGCCUUCUUGCACUUGAUGCAUUCUCCUCUCUGUGUCUGUUUGGAUUAAUUAGCGUGGUGACGGCGGCUUUGAUCGCAGAUAGCAACGCACGACAGGCGCCGCACUUGUGUUUUCAAGUUCAAAAAUGUUCGGUUUUGACUCUACUUAUACGCGACCUAAUAAAAGAGAAAACGAUUAUACAACGCAAAGAAGUCUCGGCACCUCAUUGCUAAUACCAUUUUUUUGCCAUGUAUUAUUCAAUUUCAGAGACAGGUCAGUCAAGAGAUUAAGUAGGAUUAAAAUUAUUCAUUGCAAAAACGGACGUGGAAUCGCUGUAACUGAACAGAUAAAUAAAUCUCAAUGUAUAAAAAUA